CCAUUAAACCCCACCGAAGAAGAUUAUUCGGGGAGCGGCAUAGUUACAUUAUGUAGCAUUAAUGUAAUGUAACGUUAUCUAAUUUGUUUCCUUCGCUAUUUAGCUACAGUAAUAUCUUAAGGUUGGGUGUUUCAAGCUACAUAUUUUACAUUUAGCUAAUUUAGCAAUCUAGAUAGCCUAACUAACUUAUGUAGGUCUGUGGCUUUAUCUAGCUAACGUUAGCUAACAUGCAUUCUACCAUAACAAUUCGUUUUUAACUUCCAGUGUUGUCCAGUCGUUCUGCAUCUCUUCUGGAAUGGAUUGUGGGAAGGAGAGGGUUGUCGCGUUGGUGGAUAUGGACUGUUUCUACGUGCAGGUGGAACAGAGGCUGAACCCAGCGCUGAAAAACACCCCGUGUGUGGUCGCACAGUACAAGACAUGGAAGGGAGGCGGUAUCAUAGCUGUGAGUUAUGAGGCCAGGGCCCAUGGUGUCACCAGGAACAUGUGGGCAGACGAUGCCAAGAAACUGUGCCCAGAUCUCCAGGUUGCAAGGGUCAGAGAGUCACAUGGGAAGGCAGACCUCACCCAUUACCGGGAGGCGAGUGUACAGGUGUUUGAGGUGAUGUCACGCUUCGCUGUGCUCGAGAGGGCCAGUAUUGACGAGGCCUACAUGGACCUGACUGCUGCGGUACAGCAGAGAUUGAAAAGCAUGACUGACCAGCAGGUAGACCCUCAGCUCCUGAAGACCAGCCACGUCCAGGGCUACCCACUGGCUCCUCUUGACCAGGAAGAGGCAGCACAGGACACCACAACUGAUAAAGAAGAACGAAGGUCCAGUGGGCUGCAGCAGUGGCUGUCCUCUGUGUCAGGGGGCUCUGGCUGUGCAGAGCUGCAGUUGGCGCUGGGGGCUGUGAUCGUCGAGGAGAUGAGGGCUGCAGUGGAGCAGCACACAGGCUACCGCUGCUCGGCAGGGAUAUCCCACAACAAGGUGCUGGCUAAACUAGCCUGUGGUCUGAACAAACCCAACCGCCAGACACUCCUGCCAUUAGGCUCUGUUCCAGAGCUCUUCAACUCACUUCCCAUUGGCAAAAUCCGAAACCUGGGGGGUAAGCUGGGGUCGUCCAUCACAGAGACCCUGGAGGUAGAGAACAUGGGGGAACUGACCCGCUUCUCUCAGGCCCAGCUGGGACAGCACUUUGGGGACAAGACUGGCCAGUGGCUGUAUGACCUGUGUCGGGGGAUUGACUUUGAGGCAGUGAAGCCCAGACAACUCCCUAAAUCCAUCGGCUGCAGCAAGACCUUCCCUGGGAAGACAUCUCUCACUACCAGAGAGCGGGUGCAGCACUGGCUCUAUCAACUGGCUCUGGAGCUGGAGGAGAGACUGACCAAGGACAGAGAGCUGAAUGGUCGUGUGGCUAAGCAGUUGACUGUGGGUGUAAGGCAGUUGGGUGAUAAAAGGCCCAGCAGUUUCUCUCGGUGCUGCUCGUUGGCACGCUACGACGCCACCAAGAUCUCCUCGGACAGCUUCGCAAUCCUCAAGAGUCUCAACACAGCAGGGAACCAUCAGGCAGCAUGGACUCCUCCCCUCACCCUGCUCCACAUUUCGGCCAGUAAAUUUAAUGAUUCACCCUCUGCCGCGGCCGGAGGAAUUGCCAGCUUCCUGUCCAGUGAUGUCACUUGCACCCAGGCCUCCACUCAGUCUUGCUCUGGUUCAAAGAAUGACUCCACCCCCAAGAGACCCGGUGCCAUCCAGUCCUUCUUCCAAAGAUCUGCAGAGAAACAGAGGAAGGAUGAAGAGGGAGAGGAAGAAGAGAAUGAUAGGGGCUAUGGAACCUUUCUCCCGCCUUCCUCUUUUCCUGUGUCUUUCUCUGUAGUAGAGAGGAGUGUGUCUGAGAAAGAAAAAACAACAUCAACUGUCUCUAGUACAUCUUGUCACUCUUCUUCUGUGGUCAGUUCAUCAGCCAGCCCCCAUACUGGCAUCACUUCCUUCUUUCAGAGGAAGACUCUUGGGAGAAACCAGCAGCCCGUAACCGCAGCCUCACACAGCGACAGUCUCGCAACAGGCAAAAUAAGAUGUUCCACAGUAGGAUAUGAUACAAUAGGGAGUGUCCAACUUUUAACAGACACAGUUGGGUGUGAAAUAGCAGGAAGUUACACAGCUCCCGGAGCUGAAACAUGUGACGAGCAGACUGCGAACACUAGUUCUAACCAAGCAAAGGACCAAUCUCUGGGGUCUGGGGAGGGAACUUGUACUCUAUCAGAGGAAAAACAGUCUGAGGGGUCAGAGUUUUCCUACUAUCCCCCUUCUGACCCGCCUCAGUGCCUGGCCAGUGUGGCCAAAGAGGACCUGCUGACUUGUGAGUGCUGUGGCCAGGACGUGCUGGCCUGGGAGAUGCCUGAACAUAAUGACUACCACUUUGCCUUGGACCUACAGAACUCUUUCUCCUCUGCAAGCACAACCACCAACACCUCUCUUCAUUCCUCCUCUGUUUCAACUGCCUCCCGCCCCCCUCUCAGGGCAGGCGCCCUUCAGUUGUCCCGGGGGAAGAGGGGCCAGCCAACACCCCAGCCUAAACGGCCCCGCUCCCAAGGUGGUAGUACUGGUACGCUGGACUCCUUCUUCAAGAGGAGCUGAGGACAAAGUGGAGGAAAAGAAGAGACGGACCAUGAAAGGAGGUAGAGAAUACACUGUGCUGGACUGGUUACUUCUGCUGAUGCUAUUUAAACUGACCAACAAUAUUCUAAACUCACUGCCAAAACAAUUUAUGUGAUUGUAUGGCGAGAUGCUGUUUAAUUGUAAUGGCAAUUAUUGUACAGAAUAAAUAUUUUUACCUAUAGAAAAUUAGCAUAUUUUAUGAUGGUUCUACAGAUAUUGGUAAUGCCAUACUUUCCUGGAUGUCCUCUUUCAAGGGAUAUGUUGUCUUGAGAAGCUUGUACAUUUCUGUGAUCAUGUUUCCAUUAAACAUUAAACAGUG